UAAAGAUGCCGUAGAUAAUGGAGUGGUGGAUAAGUUGGUAUUGGUGUUUUCGAUGUGUAGCGCCGGGUAACAAACCUUUCCUUUACCGGCGACCGACUAAGUCACCUGACUUGGCGAGCCAUGCGCGACAUUCCUCAGGCCGGUGCGCGUUCUUCAUACACAAGUAUCCCCAACAUUGAUCCAGUUACACCUUGGCCAGUAUAUCCACUAAUCAUGCCUAUCGCGUAUCGCCAGUAAAUCAGAAUAAGCUAGGCAGCACCGACCGCCACAACAUCGCGCCAUGCCUCCUUCCAAACCAAAGACGGCCGCUCAGCCAAAGUUUGGCUCCUAUUUCGACGCAUGGAAUAGCUCUUCGACUGGGCAUCAGAGAGCGGAAAAUCGUGUUGGGGGUUCGACGGGAUGGCGGCAGUCAAGGAAUAUGAAAUUAUCGCAUCAAUUCAAGGGAGGAAAUUCUGGAGGAGAGCGCAUCUCUGAUGCUGUCGGUGCUGGGUCUGAAGACUGGGACGAAAAAGCGCAGGCUGUGAUACCGAAGGAUGUCAGACAACGAGCAAAGCUCAGUGUACGGGAUAUGCUCACUGCUGGGGCACAAAAAACCGGUGAGUUCAAGAGGAGAAAUAUUUGAAAAUUGCUAAUUCUUGGAAGACUCGCUGAGUGGAGAGGAGAAAUUGAUGGCCUUGAGGAAGAAGGAGGAUGACAUGAAGGAAGAGGCGAAAAGGAAUAGAACGAAGCUGGUUUUUAAUGGACUGGUCCUUUACAUCAAUGGCAGCACGCACCCAAUGAUAUCCGAUCACAAACUGAAGCAUUUUCUUGCGGAGAAUGGGGCAAAGGUCUCACUCCAUAUGGCAAGAAAGCAGGUCACUCAUGUCAUACUUGGUCGCCCGUCCGGCAUGCAAAUUGGCGCGGGCGGUGGGCUCUCAGGUAGCAAGCUUGAGAAAGAAAUCAAAAGGGUCGGGGGAUGUGGGAUCAAGUUCGUGGGUGUAGAAUGGUAAGUAGGCCUCAAUAUGAGAAGGAAUCCGCUAACACAGCCUCGAUCAAGGGUCCUCGAUAGUCUAAAGGCUGGAAAAAGACUGCCGGAAAGUCAAUACUCCAACCUCAAAGUAGCUGCAAAGUCGCAGCAAAGCGUGUAUGGUUUCUUUCAGAAAAACGCAGGUCCCGCGCCAUCCGCAGGGGUCAAAGAUUCCUUGAAACCAGGAGAAUGCGAGCGCCCAUGGUAG